AUGCAGGAGCAUGCGGACGAGCGCGAAGAGACGCCGCCGACGCUGCCACUCGUCAUUCCCGAGGGAAUGGUCCGUGACCCACAGGGUUCCCCGUCCGAAGACUGCCCGAGGCAUCGACCUCCGCCGCCUGUGGAGACUGCGAAGUCCUUCCACCAGGCAUUCGCCGACGAAAGGACGUUGCCGAUUUCGCACUGCAGCUUUUGCUACAGGAAGCAACCCCCGUCCGAGCUCACCACGAUCCGCUGGAGGACGCGCCUGUCCGCCCCGUUGCUGCAGGCCACGACGGCGCUCCAGGAGUGCACGGACUGUUUCCCCGCUGGCGACGACGCUGAAGCUAUAGUUUGCCACGAAUGCUCCGCUGCUUUGAAGAAGGGGAAGCUGCCGAAGACCUGUGCCGUCAACAAUAUGCACAUUGGAUGCGAGCACCGGUAUCCCGAAGCACUUGACGGCCUCUCUCCCGUUGAGGAAAGGCUGAUUGCUCUGCAGGCCUCAUUCGGCUACAUCACGAAGUUCAUCGUCGACAACAAGACCCCGUCAGGCCUCAGCUACCGGAAGCACGUCAAGGGCCAUAUCGUGGUCUUUCCGAACAAGGUGGAGGACCUCGUUGCCACAGUCCUCCCUCACCCUCUUUUGGAAACCAUCGAGAACAUCCACGUCUCUUGGAGUGGCUCCAGCAAACCUGGCGCUGCCGACGUUGGCCACCUUCUCCAAGUGCGCAAGUCCCGCGUGAGGGACGCCCUGUCGUGGCUCCAGAAGAACAAUCCGCUCUACGAGCACAUCGCGAUCGAUCAUGGCGAGAUAGAUGGCUGGGAGUACGCAGACGGCUCCAAUGUCCCUAUCCUCAUCAUGGACAGCAUGCAGUGGGACGAGCCGUCCGUUGCCGAGAGGACGCAGACAGACCAUAUAGUCCCAGAUACCGAUCGAGGUUUGGAGGAGAACCGGUUCACGAGCAUUGAAGAGAUUGUUGCGUCGGCGCAAGCUCAGUCCGGUCACGACUCCAGCCUUGCCGAGGGACCGGAGGGUGCCGGCAGUGAUGGUGACAUUAUCCUAGAAACGACAUCGUCCGGGAUGUUUCCUCUUGACGGGCCAGUGGCUUUCGAAGAGGCUGAUAAGCUUUCAUUUCUAGCCGGCGCCAUCCGGACGAUCCGGGCUCGAGGUGCCGACGAGGCUGAGCCGUGCGCGAUGCACGUCCAGGGCACGGGAGCGCAGCCGUUCAUCCUGGUGGAACGAGGUGCAGACUUUGCGGACAGCCUGCACGAGGACUUCUUCCCGCGCACCUUCCCGAAGCUUUUCCCCUGGGGCAGAGGUGGCCCGAAGGCGCUGCACGCGUCGGACCUCCAGCAGCAGCAGGCUCCGGCGGCCGCCGGGCUCCAUGUGAACCUGAACCACUCGCUCAGUUACUGGGCCAGAUACGUGCUGCAGCGACAUGGGGGACGGUUUGCCAGCCACCCCGUCUUUUGUUUUCUCGUCUUCAACAUCCUCCUCCGCUCUUCUAACCGCCGCAUCAGCAUGAUGCGCACGACAAAGGGCUCUUUCGAGAGGGUUGAACGAGUUUACGAAACCCUGACAGCGGACCGACUGAAGAAGGCCGAGGACGAGAUGCGAGAAACAAGGAAGACGACGGACCCCGACGUGGCGUUCCUGCUCCGGGAGUUGUCCAUCUUCGGCCAUGCGCAGCCGCUCUCCAACGAAACGCGACUGCUCAUGCGCAGGAAGAUACAAGCAAUUGACAUCUGGACCGGCACACCCGCAAUUUGGUUCUCCAUCAACCCCAACGACAUCAACAACCCGGUCAAGAUGCGGCUCUCCAUCCACAGGCUCCACGACUAUCACGCGGCGAAGGACCUAUUGGCGGAUCUCCGAGGGAAAUACGACAGGAUUGCCCUCAGUAUCAUGGACCCGGUCAGCUCUGCCAUCUUCUUCCAUAGAGAAAUAUCUCUCUUCUUCGAAAAAUACGUCCGAACAGGCCAAGAGUCGAUCUUCGGGAAGGUGAGCCACUAUUAUGCAACGGUGGAGACGAACGAUCGUGGCAGCCUGCACCUGCACGGACUCCUGUGGUUGCACGGCAACAUGGAGCUGCCGUCGCUCAUCGACGACAUCGCCGACCCUCGAGAGCACGAGUACCGUGCCCGAGUGGUGCGCUACGUGGACUCGGUCUUCCAUGAGUGCUUGGAUGAGGACGCCGGAAAGGCCGUUCGCCAGCAGCGGAAGCCGAUCCACCCCGUCGAGGAGAUGAUGAACGACACCGAGGCCCUGUCUGCGGCCUUUGACGCCGAGGCCAACUUCAUCGCGCACUGCUGCCAGGUCCAUUCCCACACCUACACCUGCAUCAAGUAUUCUCUGAAGGGCCUCGCCGACCACGACGCGGACAGGUGCAGGCGAGCGGCUUGCCGGUUCAGAGCACCCUGGAAGAUUGUCGAUGCGACGGGGCUGACUGACGACGGCCUGCUCGCCAUCCGUCGCAACCAUCCGCUCGUCAACCGGUACAACAAAGCGAUGGCGGUUGGCCUCCGCCACAACCACGACGUAUCCAUGAUCUUGACGAGGACCAAGGGCCUGGCCAUGGUGUUUUACAUCACCAACUAUGCCACAAAGCUGGACACGCCCAUGUGGAGACGAAUCGCCCACGCGGCCGACGUCUUCCGACAGCUUCGCGAAGAUGCCGUGUCGAGGCUGCUGAACCAGAGCCGUCAGUUUCUGAUGAGGGUGGCGAAUCGGAUAUUUUCCGAGAGACAGCUCUCGGCCGUGGAGGUAUGUUACCACAUGCUCGGCUACCAGACGGACUUCACCAACGUCCCGCACUGGUCCUUCCUGAACCUGACCGCGCUGUAUUGGUCGGCCUUUCGGAGAUGGAAACACCUCCGCCGCCAGGCUGGCGAGGAAACGGAGGGGGAGGAGCCACCAGAGACUGUGCAGCUCAGGGAGGGCGGGCGGACCCUGUUGUGCUUGGAUGCUUACGCCUGCAGAGGCCAUGUGCUGAGAAAUAUUUGCCUGUACGACUACAUGUCCAUGGUCACCCUGGUCCGUAACCGUGGCCGGGGCGAGGACGAGAGCCACAUCUCCCUCGAGGGGCCUUCUCCAGGCUGCCGUGAGUGGUUUCAGAAGCUCCGCCGACCUCACGAGUACGCCGUGCCGAUCUUCCAAGGUUUCAUCAGCGACGACCACCGGGACGAGCACCCGGUAUACUUCAGACGAAACUCUGUUCUCCAUCUGGCCCUAUUCGUGCCUUGGGAGCGCUUCCUUCCCACCACGCAGGGCGAUAUCACCGAUAUAUGGCUCGGGUACGAAGCCUCCCUCUGUCGCAGGCUGCGUUUUCACGUCUCGAACAUCUCUCUCCUGAGCAAGUCCGCCGAGGACGCGCGCAAAGACGCAAAGCUCUGGGCCAGCCGAUCAGAAGGCGACGACACCGUCGACAUAGACUUUCCUCUUGAUGAGGACGACGACGGCGAAGAGCGUGCAACAGUCGCUGAGCAUCAUCAGAAUUUCGCGGCUUUGCUCCAUACUCUGUACAAUGCCGUGAGAGAUUCCGAUGCCACGAGAGGCUCUCCAGUCUUGGCGAAUUUCAUCCGGGAUCUGCGUGAAGAGACUUUGGCAUCGGAGGAUAAGCCAUUUAUGCAAUGUCCCGAGGGCUUCUAUCAGCAAAUCCGCCGCGCUCAGGACGCUCCCUUGUGCCAGUCUCAGACUCUUUCCGUAGAGGAUGUCCAGGCCGCCGCGAAGGCCCAGGAGCUACUCCAUCUCCAGAUGCUGGACGAGAUUGAGACUGGUCCACAGGGUGGCCCUCAUCGCGCGCCUAACGCCGAUAUAGACGAUCUGCUUGCCCGCCACUAUGAUGCUGAGCUUCCGCUGCCGCAUCGGAGUCAAGGCACAGCCACACGUGGUCCUCGAAUGCUUGUUGAUGUAAACAUGGCAACUAGCUUCACGGAAUUAGGCCACCUGGCCGUCUCAGACUAUACCCUCAACCCUCUGCAGACAAGGGCCCUUCAACUGGUGUGCAGGUUCUUGGACACGUACUCCGCGGAUCCCGAUUCGGCGUGUCAGCAUCUCCAGUACACAGGAGGCCCGGGCGGCACGGGCAAAUCCAGAGUCGUCGAGGCCCUGAAAUGGGUCUUUUCCGCAAGGGGACAGCCACAUCUUCUCCAGAUCACGGGAACCUCGGGGAGCGCAGCGGCACAGAUCGGUGGCACGACCUUGCAUUCCGCCUGUGGGCUGGAUACCCGCCGCUCCGCCGACAAACGAAUCCCCCUUUUCUCCGAGGCCAAGAAGUGGGUGUGGAAGCAGAAGCUGGUCCUUGUGAUCGACGAGGUUAGCAUGCUUGGAGGCGCUACUCUUUACGAGGCCAGCUGUCGUCUCCAGUCGCUCCGCGACUGCCCAGACAGGCCCUUUGGCGGUAUUCCUGUUGUUCUGUUGAUGGGUGACUUUUAUCAGUUCGCCCCAGUACGUGAGACGAGCCUCCUAGUGGACCGAAUGGCGGAUCCCCUCUCCGCCCGUCUGAACCAAGCCACCAUUUCCCACCACCGCGGAUUCCGUCUGUGGCUCAUGUUCAAGACCGUGGUUCUUCUCGAAGAACAGGUCCGCGCACGCGACGACCCUGAGCUAGGCGCUCUUCUGGACCGAGUGCGACACAGUACUCAGACGUGGCAAGAUCUGGACCUGCUGAAUACAAAGCUGAUCGACCGCUCCGAUAUUACCUUCAGUAACGGCUUGCGCGCCAUAACACCUCUCAACCGCAACCGAUGGAGCCUCAAUAUGGAAGCCGUUGUCGACUGGGCGCGCUUCAAUGAGAGGCACAUCUCCGUCUUCGUGUCAACCCACACCUGGAGAAGAGCGGGCCAGUCCCAAUAUGAGAUCGCACAGGCGGUCGAGCAAGGGGAUGACUCCAAAUGCAAGAUUCCAGGCAUUUUCUUCUAUGCCCAGGGGAUGCCUGUUGUUGUCAACAAGAAUUUAUACACUGGCUUGAAAGUUGUCAAUGGAGCAGAGUUCACCGCGGCAGACAUCAUCCCCGAUCCGAAACACCCAGGAUACCGUCUUGCGGACGACGUCACCAUACACUUCGGUCCGCCGCUAGGCAUCCUAUUACAGUCAAGCGACACGGCGAGCUUGGCAGUCCCCGUCCUGCCGGCGGAGAUGGUGCUCGUCCGCCCUAUCUCGCACAUUCUCGAACCAGCUGAUUCCCGCUUCAAGUUCUUGUCGACGAAAUGCACCCGACGAGGUCUGCCGGUUGUUCCGGCCUUUGUUCUCACCGAUUAUAAAUCUCAGUCAAAAACCUUUGCCGACGUACUCUUGGAGCUGCGGGGGAAUCGCGUGACCAAUGGCGAACCCUCCAAGUGCGAUUUUACCAGUCUCUACGUUCAGUUGUCCAGGGGUACGACUCUUCGAGGCAUUAAGCUUCUCAGCCCUGUGCGGCCCCAGGACUUCAUUGGCAACAAACUGGAUCAGAAAAUGGUAGAUGCAAUGCAGAGGCUUGAGAACCUGGCCUCGGAGACCAAACGGGUUUACGAGGGCCCGGGAUUGUGA